GUCAGUUUUCAUGUGUGAAAGCAAUGGUGAUAUUUUAUUUACAUUUUAAAUUGAACAAAAUAUAUAAAAAUAAUGGCGGAAAAAGCAAAACCAAAGGACCGAUCAAAAGCGAAUAUGAAAGAAGAGAAAAAAGAUAGUCCUGCUGAUUUAUCCAGUAAAAUCGACGUAAUUGAUGAGAUGAAACUUAAAAUGUUUAGUUCUCUUGAAAAAGCUGAACCCGAGGAUAGUCUGUAUCCACCAGAGCUGAAUUCCCAUCUACUUGAACAACUUACAGUAAUGACAGCCGACAACAACGAACUUCGGAAAUGCGUGUUUUUAAAAGACGAGAACAUAAAAGAGCUGAACAAAACUAUAGCCGAUCUCAACCAGAGAAUACGAGAUAUAAUAUCAGGCACAGGUCCAGCAAUAUCUUCAAAAUCUGCCGGCAUCAUCAGCGCAAAGAUCACUGAUCUCUGCAAACAAAAUCGACAUCUAGUCUCCGAAAUAGAAAGCUACAAAACCAAAAACGCAGCCCUAGAAAGAAAAGUAAUGCAACUAGACAUUAUAAAUAAAGAGCACGAAAAGCUUGACAUAUGCGUUUGCAAAGACGACCACAUAGACCCAAACCCGGAUGAACUUAAAGAAUUAAACAACAAAUUAAAUUCCGUCAAUAAAAAGCUAUAUGAAAGCAAGAAUAGGAAUUUGGAACUGAAGAACGAUAUUCUAAUGGCAACGAGAAUACUUCAGCAGGAGUUGGGAGAUAAAUUCACGAGUAUUAAGGAGUUGCAGAAUGAUGUGGCUGGUUGGAAAGGAAGGGCACAACAGAUAGUACUGCUUCAAGCUAAAAUUAGCGAGCUAGAGGACAAGUUGAAUAUAAAAUCUAAGUCAGACGUGCAUUCGGAAAAUAAGAAGAAGGAUCAAGCUCAGCUUAUUCGAGAUCUUGAACAAAAACGAAAGAAGGAGGUGGAUCAAGCCAUGAAAGAGAUGGAAACCCUUAGAGAAGAGAAUCAAGAACUAAAACGUAGGCUGGAAGGUGCAAGAUGCAGGAUUAGGAAUCUGGAAUGCGAUGCCACGACUAUUAGACAGAAGAUGCAGACUUUCGUUGAGAAGAGUAGCCAUGAUGACAUGCUGAUUAAUGAGCAAAGAAAUCAAAUCAAAAGUUCAGAGCUAUAUUAUCAAGAAAUCCUAAAAGAAAACACAGCAAAAAUGAACAAGAUGAACACAGAAAUCGUUGAAUAUCAAAAACUGAUAAAGAAUACCGACGCCAAAAUAGAUGCUUUACGAAAACAAGCCACAGAGAAGGCUACAAAAAUUGAAGAAUUGAGAGCACAACUUCUAAGAUACGAGGAGUGUUCUCUACAGAGCAUAUUCUUUACUCCUAUGAAAACUGCAACGGACAACGAAAUAAAAAAGCUAUCAGAGUUAGUUGUCACACUAAACACGAGGCUUGACGAAGAAAGGCACAAAUGGGAGGAGCUAGAACUUACCCACAGGAAAACGAAAGAAAAGAAGAAACGUUUAGAACGAAAAGUUGCCAGCAUGGAGGAAGAAAUCAGGUGUCUUAGGGACUCUAGAAGAGGUUCGAGAAUUUCAAAAUCAUCAAUGAUAAAGGAGCAUUUUGACUUCAAUAAUGGGUCUUCAACAUUAGUAAAGAAGAUGUCCUCAGUGACCGGGAUGCCUGAUAAACCUAGUGACAGUCCUACAGGUACCGAUUCCCAAACAGGGGAAGAAACCCUUGAUAGAGAAGACUUAAAGUUCAAACUAGAGUUAACAGAAGAAAAACUGAAAAUUCUAGAGGAUAAACUAAAAAUGAUUGAAGAAGAAAAGCAAUAUGAUUACAAUCAUUUGACGGAAAUGAUACAGACGUCGAAACAGUUAUUCAAUGAAGCACUGAUGGUGUUACAAAGAGAGAAGUGCUUGUGUUCCUAAUUAUUUUUAUGUUGUAUAUUAUUUUUUAUUUUCGUUAAUUACAUUAGUUUUGG